UUAUAAUUCAAAAAAACCCACAAAAAGCAAAAGUUGGAAAAAGGAAAGAAAGGAAAAAGGGGAAAGGAGGAUUACAGAAUGCUUAACAUUACAACCCAGAAUUGGGAAUCAAUGAGAUUGUUGUUGUUGUUGUUCCUCUUCAUUGUUACUGUAAUUUCCAAUCCCCAAAUAUGAAUUAAUGGAGUUUUAAAAUGGGGUUUUAAUGGCGUUCAAAAGAUUACUCCCAAGAAAUAACCUUUCUUUUUUAGCCCACACCGACGCACAAACAAAAAGCACACUCACUCACUUACUCAUACAGUUCUUUCUUUCUCUCUCUACUUUCACUGGUACAAGCGGACGACUGACGACAAACUCCGCGCUGGCAAAAGAUUCCCUCACCGCCUUCUCUUUUUUGCCCUUUCCUUUCUUCUUCUUCUUCUUCUUCUUCCUGAACCCUAAUUGGGUUUUGUUUGUUUUGGUUGUCACUGACACGGUUAAAGAGACAAAGGGGGCAAAAAUUUUGCUGGGUUUUGAGGUUUUUUUUGUUUGGAGUUGAUGGGUGUGUUUUUCUUCACCUUCUGGUAAAACCCAGUUGAGCAAUCAGUGAUUUGUUUCCAUUUACAAGAGGUGUGUGGAUGGGCUGUUCCAGCUCCAAGGUCGAUGACCUUCCAGCGGUGGCGCUCUGUCGUGAGCGUUGUGCGUUUCUUGAUGAAGCGAUUCAUCUUAGAUACUCACUUGCAGAGGCUCACAUGGCGUAUAUUCAUUCUCUUAAAGGGAUUGGUCAUUCGUUGCAUAAUUUCAUUGAAGAGAGUGUUGUUGUUGGCGUUUCUUCUGGGUCUCCUCUUUCGCCGAAGCUCAAUCUUCCUCCUCACCGGAAGGGUGAUCCUGUGGGAAAAACUAAUGAUUCUGCAAUUGAAGAUUCUGCUUCUCCUCAUCAUCAUCUCUCUCACUCUAAUUCCGGUUCCCACCUCCAUUUUCACUCUGAUUCUGAUGAUGAAUCCGGUUCCCCUCACCAUUCCGAUCACUCCCCUCCUUUCGACCUGCAGCACGGCGGCCAUAUGGGUUAUAUGCUUCCGGAUCAAGGAGGUUUAGGUUCAUAUCCCGGCGUCGGCGGCGGCGGCGGUGGCGGCGGAGGAGGGUUUAUGCAUAUGAAUUAUAUGAGGAAAUCAGUGACACCCUCUGUGGUAUACGAGCAGAGGCCUAGGAGUCCAGAGAAAGUUUAUCAAGUCGGUGAAUCGUCGUCUUCUUCAGGUCAUUACCCUUAUCCUUACUCGAACAUGGCUUAUAACAAUCCUUAUCCUUCUUAUGGAUAUCCCCAAGACAGUGGGUAUUAUGGUGGCUCUGUUUUUCCUCCUACUGCAUAUGGUUCAAUGUCAUCUGCCGGAGCUUCAGGCUCGUCGUCUAAGCCGCCACCGCCGCCGCCUUCACCUCCGAGAGCUUCCACUUGGGAUUUCCUGAACCCAUUUGAGACUUAUGACAAGUAUUACAAUGCUUACACGCCGAGCUGGGACUCGAAGGAGGUGAGGGAAGAAGAGGGGAUUCCUGAUUUGGAAGAUGAGGAUUACCAACAUGAGGUCGUUAAGGAGGUACAUGGGAAUCAGAAAUUUGUUGACGAAGGCGGCGGCAGUGGCGGUGGGAAGGGUUUGAAGGUACCUGCAGAGGAUGAGCGUGGUGGUGGUGAUGAUUCAAAGACCUCGCUUUACCAAACGAGGCCGAGCGCUGCGGUUGAGGAAGAUGCUGUUGAAUAUGAAGUCCGUAUGGUGGAUAAGAAGGUUGAUAAGGCAGAGAAGUCUGAGGAACGAGGCAAUGGUGGUGCAUUUAAGGGCAGGCCUGGUUCACGAGAUGUCUAUGAAGUUGCCAGAGAAAUCGAGGUUCAGUUCGAGAGGGCAUCGGAAUCCGGUAAUGAAAUUGCGAAAAUGCUGGAGGCUGGGAAGCUUCCUUAUCAGCGCAAACAUGUUUCAUCAAAAAUGUUGCACGUUGUUGCUCCUUCGCUAUCAAUGGUAGCUUCCCAACCUUCUACUUCAAAGAGUGGCGAUCCUUCGUCGUCUGGUGCUGAGUUAAGUUAUAUUGAAGAGUUUGGGAUGGCCUCUGGAAAUCUGUCUUCUACCUUGAGGAAGUUGUAUCUGUGGGAGAAGAAACUCUACAAUGAAGUUAAAGCGGAAGAAAAGAUGCGGGUAAUUCAUGAAAGGAAAUGUCGAAAGCUGAAGCGCUUAGACGAGAAGGGUGCUGAAGCUCAUAAAGUUGAUUCCACUCAAGCUUUAGUGAGGAGCCUAUCUACCAAAAUAAGAAUCGCCAUUCAGGUGGUUGACAAGAUAUCCAUGACAAUCAAUAAGAUUCGGGAUGAAGAAUUAUGGCCACAACUGAAUGAAUUAAUUCAUGGAUUAACCAGGAUGUGGAGAUGUAUGCUCGAUUGCCACCGUGCCCAGUACCAAGCAAUCAGUGAAUCAAAAAGUUUAGGUCCCAUUGGAUCUGGUAAAAAUAGUAGUGAAGCGCACCUCGGAGCAACCAAGGAACUUGAGCACGAGCUUCUAAACUGGACAAUCAGCUUCUCUAGUUGGAUCAGCGCGCAAAAGGGGUAUGUUAGGGCCUUGAAUAAUUGGCUUCUAAAGUGUCUACUGUAUGAACCUGAGGAAACGCCAGAUGGUAUAGCUCCCUUCUCUCCGGGAAGAAUAGGUGCACCGCCGGUAUUUGUGAUCUGUAACCAGUGGUCACAGGCUUUGGAUAGGCUAUCCGAGAAGGAAGUGGUUGAUUCUAUGCGUGUGUUUAGUAUGAGCGUGCUUCAAAUAUGGGAACACGAUAAACUAGAAAUGCGACAGAGAAUGAUGGAGAACAAAGAUUCGGAGAGAAAAGUUAGAAACUUGGACCGAGAUGACCAAAAGAUACAGAAACAAAUUCAGGCAUUGGACAAGAAGAUGGUGAUGGUUUCUAGAGAUGAAAAGCGUCUCUCUGCUCCUGGAAACGCUGUGUAUCAAAGUGAGAUGAGCAAUAGUAGCCUGCAGUCUAGUCUGCAACGGAUUUUUGAGGCCAUGGAGAGGUUCACUGCAGAUUCCAUGAAAGUAUACGAAGAGCUUUUACAACGAAGCGAGGAAGAAAGGUUGAAUCGUGAGCAGGAAAAAGUCCUAUAAGGCUUUCUUUUUUCUUCUGAAUGAUGGAAUCUUAUUUUCUCAUUUUGAUAGUGAUUUGGGUAAUCAAGCAGCAGCUUCCAUCAAUAAAGAUUUCAGAGAGUGGAUGAUUUGAUGGACCCUUUAGAUGUUGCUUUGGAUAUAUGGAAUCGUGCUACUUCAUCUAGGUGACGUGUUGUCAUAUUCGAUCGAUCGAGCAACUGAUGGUCUUGAUUAUCGAUGAUAAAAUGCUAGCGAGAAAGCUACCAUUGGUGCCAAAAAACUGAUUCCCAAAGUUAACUUGAACCUGCUCAUUUAUUCCAAAUGUUCAAGAAAUGAAAAUUCUUAGCUCAGUCACUGUGCUACCCAAAGACAGACUCUUGCCCCUCCGGCCAAGGUGAAAAGAUGACAGACAUUGUGUGACUACUCGUUUUCUCUUGAGCUGGUUCCUUGAUAGAAUAUUAAGUGUAAAGGAUGCUGCACUGGGUAUUUGAGACUUAAGCUUCUGGCAAGCCAUAACUCGAAUUCUUGGGGCGAUGUCUCAGAAGUCCCUGGCUUUGGGUUGUUUUCACAGUGAUGCAGCAAAGUCAUGAAAAUGACACAAGAUGAAGAAGAUAGAUAUGUAUUUCUCUUCAGUACUUUUUUUUUUUUUUUUUUUUUUUUUUUGUAAUUUUAUUUUCGGGUUAUUUUUCUGUAUUCAAUUAUUGUACAUAAAAAAAAAAAAAACCAUUUUUGAUACCACCCUAGUCAUAUGGAAAAGCCUUCUUAACUAUGAUCGGGAAAUUGGGAGGAUUGGCAAAUUGUGUCACCUCAAUUUUGUAAAAGUAGAGAGAGUAUCUCACAGAUGCUCCUUUUUUCCCUUUGUUUCUUUAA